AUGGGUGUGAUGAACAGUGGUGCCACCAAAGUGCAGCAGCAGGUCUCAGCUCAGAUGGCCAUGGCUGCACCGGAGGCGGCUGUGAUUGCUGGCAAAACAAUUAUGGAGCCAGGUGGUUGUGAGCCAGAGGGUGACUCCCUGGAGGACCUGAUUGGCGAGAGACUUGACGAUGUCAUUGCAGAGUAUGGGGACACCAUGGCGAUGGGUGGCACUGGUGGCGGUGCAUAUGGGAUGCCUGACCAUGAAACCACCGCCAUCACUGCUCACCAGAUGCGGGCUGAGCUUGCUGCAGUGAAACAAGCUGCCAGGGCAGCACGACUGUCCCUGCUCCGUGCGCCUUUGACUGCCCUACUUUGCUUACUUGUUGAGGCGGUGGUAACUGCGCUGUUGCCCGUUGUACUCAUGCUGCCGCCUCGACUUGGAGGCGGCUUCCAACUGAAGAUGAAGGAGCGGCGGCCAGACUCCCGGUCAUGGCGGCUGGGCGGUACACAGCACCUAUUGCUGCCACGUUGGUUGGCCGUGUUGGUGUUCGGCGUGUUGGUCGUCAGCAUCGUUGCCAACGUCAUGGUGAGGGUGCAGCAGCAGCUGCGUGAUGCUGCACAGCAUGCAGCUUCACGUGCUGACCCGGAGGUAAGGGCCCUCCAGCAGCAGCGGAACACAGCACAGCAUGCGGCUGCACGUGCUGACCCGGAGGUAAGGGCGCUCCAGCAGCAGCGGAACACAGCACAGCAUGCGGCUGCACGUGCUGACCCGGAGGUAAGGGCGCUCCAGCAGCAGCGGAACACAGCACAGCAUGCGGCUGCACAUGCUGACCCGGAGGUAAGGGCACUCCAGCAGCAGCGGAACACAGCACGGCAUGCAGCUGCACGCCAGGUGCAGCUGCGUAACCAGCAGGCCGCCCCUAGGGACACACUAUUGGCUCGCAUGCACCGUCUUCUGCGCUUCACGGACCUUCAUCGUGAUGCCGCCAUUGACUUGCCCGACUUCCUUUUGGCGAUUCCAGAGGGCCGCGUGCAGGACCUUCCUGGCGGUCAGUUACCGCCUGACAGGCAGGUCCCAUACACAGUGCAGCUGCAAUGUGCAUCGACCAUGGCUGUUGCCUUGCGCCGGCGCAUGCCUUCCCGUGUCUGUGCUGUGUGCUCGGAAGUGUGCUCGGAGGACCAGUCGACGGUGCUGCCCUGGAUGGAGAUCCCCAACGUCGACAUUCUACGUGCAGACGUCAUGUGCACGGACGCUGUGCAGCGCUGGGGACGUACUCUGGUGUGGCGGCGGAUGGCGCGUACAGCUCAGGGAGAAGCACCGCCACCGCCUGAUCCGGUCCUGCCAGCUCGGUAUCGUGUUAGCCGGGCUGAGCGGGUUGCUGCUGUGGAUGAUGAUGGAGCAGGCAGGCUGGUAGAUGAUGCAGCGGAAGGAGCAUUGGAGAUGGGUGGUGAUGCUCCGGAGACUGGUGAUUUAGAGGCAGCGGCGGCUGAGCAGGAGCCGCCCGAGCAACUUCCGCCGGACCAACAGCCGCAUCCUCCACGGGUGCUGCCCAGAGCCUGCCUUGACGACCCAGCUAGUGUGGAGGUGCCGUACUGCAUGCGGUUAGAGCCGGAUCUGCCCAACUGCACUAUGCUGGUCGGCGACGGUGUUGCAGAACGCAUCUUCAUAUGCAACGCCUGCCACAAGGCCUUGAGUGCCCGACGAGUUCCCGAAGCUGCGCUGGCGCGCCUGGACCCUGGCGAUGUGCCGCACGUCAACCAUCUGGGCGACCCUCUGCCGUCGCCCACUUUCCUGGAGGGGCAGCUUCUGGGCCGCGGCCGCAUCAUCCAGCAGUUGCUCAUCAUGUACCUGGCAGACCGACCGCCGGACGUCUUCCCGCGUGCUGUGAAGACUCACGGCAUUGGGGUCGUAAAUCCUGACCCGAAUAUGCUGCGAGGACAGCUGCCGGCGCGGGCGUCCGACCUGGCCGGCGCUAUCACGGUCGUGUGUGUCGACCAGGUUCACAGCCGGGCGGAGCUGCUGGAACGCGUGCGAAAGGUGCCAGGUCUACAGGUGCGAGGGCAGGUCAUCGUCGCCUGGGUCCGUUUCUUACAGCACAACGACGAGGAGGAGCUGGCUAUCGAUGAGGAUGCUCUGCAGGAGUAUGAGCGCAUGGGCUGUGUGCGGCAGUUCCAGGACGUGGUGGAAGCGGCUGUUCGUGAUGGCAAUCUUGCCGAUGCAGCUGCGGCACCUGACGUGGAUCCUGCAGGACCCGUGCAACCUACGCUGGCGGAUCCGACCCCGAAUGCAGGGCAUGACCCUGGACCGGGGCCAUUCACCGCCAUCCUGCGUGGACCUGCCGACCAGCCAGUUGAAGGUGCACCAGUCGAUCCGACAGCUGCCACUCUGGACGAGCUGGAGCUGAUCCUGCCACAGCCGUCGAAUGUUGGCGAUGAUGGCAGCGAAAUCGAUCGCUUCCCAGGCCGAGUGGAGGACCUUCUGACUGGCCGCGCACGGCUUGCGUUUGCGGCUGGUGGCCGUGACAGCCACGUGCUGGAUGACCGUCAUCCCGCCAUCCUCACCCUCUGCUUCCCCCAGUCCUUCCCCAUGGCGCAAGUGGGCAUCACCAUGAACAUGCGGCCGCAUCUUGGUGAACCGGCGGCGUGUGUGCCGCGUGAUGUCAUCCGUGCUAUGGGCACCAUACUGGCGCUGCCGUAUCGGCACUCACAGCGGCGGCAGUUGCUUGCGCAGCAGUCGCCGCUGGUUAAGGCACUGGUGGAGGGGGCCCGCCUCAGUACUCUGCGCCUCGACCUCACAGACGCGUACUACAACGGUGCCCGAUCCAAGAUGCGUGCAGCCGCCCUCACCAUUGGCUGGCCUCCGCUGUUCUUCACCGUAAAUCCGGCAGAUAUGCACGCAGCCUGUGCAGUCGUGGCCUCCGGACAGGUGUUGGACUUCGACGAUGACGGACGACCGCAACAUAUCCCGAGCACGGUGGAGAAGUGGCGGCGUGUGAAGGAUGACCCGUACAGUUGCGCCGCCCUGCUGGUGGCCACCAAGGAGGUUCUGGUGGAGGAGCUCUUCGGCUUCGCGCCGGGCGCCAUGCAGCAGACGAACCCGCGCUGCUUCUGUGGGCUCACGUUUGAGGUGGCGGUCAAGGUGGAGCAGAGCGGCUGCCUUGCCCUGCACAUCCACGGUGUUGCGCAUGUGGCCACGUUCGCAGUCGAGCGCCUUCAGGCACUGUUCAGUGGACCCAACUGCCGAGCGCUGGCCCUGGCAUACGCCCUGUGCGCCAUGUGGUAUCCCUCGCCGUACUAUGACCCUUUCACCCGCGGUGCAGAACACUACAUCAUGGACAUGACCGUCGAAGAGGCCCAGCAGCAUGGCCGUGCACCUCCGCCCGUGGACAAGUCCUGCCCGCCUGCAGCGUACGAUUUUGGCAGGCUCGCCGGCUGUGCAGCCGUCAUUUGCAGCACGCUUACUCAUACGCAUAACGACACGUGCAAGCGACACGGCUGCCGUGGCACAGAUGAUAGCUGUGGCAUGGCGUUCCCGCGUGUCCUGCGCAGCGCCUUCCAGUGGAUUGGCACCGGCGGCCUCUUCCUUCUGCCACGAUUGGGCCUGAACAUUGUACCGCAUAUGCCAGCUGCAGCGCUGGCAUUUGGGUGCAACCAGCUGUUUACUCUGGCGUGCGAGGUGGAUCGCGUCUACACGGCAGAGGCAGCAGCGCAACUGGCCCGCCCUGAAGAUGAGCGGGGGGACUGUGUGCUGCUGCAGCCUGCUGCUGACCGCGCCCGCGACUCUGCCUACUACAGCACGAAGUACACUGGCAAGAGCAUCAACGACAGCCAGGCGCAGCUGACGUGCAACGCUCUUACCCGAGUGCAGGACUUCCUGCUGGCUGGAAGGACGCCGAAUCCGGGUGCCAGUGGGCCCACCGCCUUUGGCAACAUGUGUGCCACUGUGCAUCGCAUGACCGCUGCCAUUACGGCUGGUAUGGCGCUUGUCGCCAUGAAGCUGGACGGCCAUUCCACAUUCGAGGCGACGUUCGAGUGCGCAUACCUGCAGGUAGACGCGUUCACAGCGCUAUCUGCGGGCGCCGACCAAUCUCCUGAGGUGGCGACCACAGCGGCGGUGCUGGUGGAGGCCGAAGAGCAAGAGGGCUACACGGUGACCAACGCCGUGCAUAACUACGUGCUGCGGGGGGAAGAACUCAGCGGCCUGGACUGCAGCGUGUACAACCUAUCCUCCAACUAUGAGGUCCGACGUGUGCCGCCAGCUCAGCACCCGCACCGAGAGCGAUUGGGUCUACAGAGUCCGGUGGCAGUUCGACGCCGCAAGCGCACUACCCCGGCCACACCCAUAACCGCCCCUGUGCCUGCCCCUGUGCCUCUGCUGACUGCAGCCCCGGCCCCUCCUCCUGAGCCACCUGCUCCUACAGCUGCAGCGACACUCGACCAGCCAACGUCUCAGACAGCCACGGAGCUGCCCCGCCUGGUGGCCUUCCACGGCACGCAUCCGCUGUACAGAACACAUGUCCACAUCCGCCUGCCGCGGCCGCGAUAUGUACAGCUUGGAGGCUCUCUUCCCCGCCGGCCCCGCCCUGGCACCUCUGCUGCGGGCAUGGCGCAGUACUACGCGUUUGUCCUGGGUACUUUUAAAGCUCACCGGGGUCAGCCCAUCCCCCCCGGGCUGAGUGUAAAGGAAGCCUACGACACCUGGUGGGCAGAGCUGGGCACUACCGAGGCAGGUCGCUCAUACCAAGCGUACGUGACGGUGCUGCUGGACAACAUCGAAGAGGACCACGCUGGGAAAGCCCGCCGUCAGGCGGAGUACAACCAGCGGCGCCGCCAGCAGCGUGCAGCAGCGGCAGCAGCUGCGCUGCCUGAAGGUGACAGCACGAGCGCUUCGGAUGGAGAUACCGAUGAUGGCAUCCACGGGCAUCUCAGGCCUGAUCCUGAAACACAGCUGCCUGCCGAGGACCAGCUGGAGCACUUCGUGUACAUCCCAGGUCAGGAGUAUCCGACGGCUGGCACCGACCUCGCCGCCGUCGCUCUUACGGACCUGUUUGACUGCACCAACGCUGCUGGCGUGUAUGCCUAUGAUGCAGCACGACGCUGCCGAGCCCCGGCCCUAGCGGACGGCCAUGGUGCAGGCAGCGAUCGUUUCAGCCGUCGGAUCACACCAGCGGACCUGCCCCUCCUGACUGAGGCAGCAAAGCGUCUGAAGCGGUAUCUCGUUGCAGCAGCAGCCGGCACUGUUGAGGCAGAUGGGGGCGCCCACGCGGGACUGACGGCCACACCUGAGAUGGAUACCCCUCAUGUCGAGCUGCACCGCCCCACCAGCAGACCCCUGGUCGCCAUCGUGCGCAUGCCUGGCACUCCUGAGCGGACUGAACAGGCUCGCAUGCCCCUCUAUGUGCACCUCCCCCAGCCGCCCAGCAUCGACGACACCAUCGAGCUGUUCACGCUUGCCCCCCACCAGGCCGUGCCCUUCAUGCUCAUGGCUCGGUACUUCGAUCGCCGCGAUGAGCCCAACCCUGGCGACCCACCGCAGAUGCUUGUGGAGGGCAAGCCCGGUACCGGAAAGAGCCAGUUCGUACAAGCGCUCCUGUGGUACACCUUCCAGCAUGGCUGCCCGCACUGGGCGGCCACCUGCACCUACUCAUGGGCUGCUGCAACUGCCUUCAGCACGCCGGUACAUCGCAGCCUCUCUACCCACGCCAUGUUCGCCCUAUCUGCUGGCAGCAACCGAGCGGACAGCGUCAGGAAAGGCAGCGCAGCCAGCCUACAGGUGCAUCGUAAUGUCGGCGAUGGUGCGCUCAUCAUUGACGAGAUUGGCAUGAACAGCCUGGACCACCUGGGUGCAUGCAACCAGUCCUGCACCCGUCACCUGUUACCGCCACCACAUCUCGCCGGCGACCACCCCGCCGCCACCAUCUUCAGCGGCCGUCCCAGCGCCAACACUGGCGACGAGUUCCAGCACCCGAAGCCAGGUGGCCCGCCCCUCUACCGGUACGCCGCUGCUGUGGAAUGCAACCCCCAGUUCUCGCCCUCUGUCCCAACCGCGCAACCUCUGCACGGAGAGGAGGCCAACGAUGGCGACCCUAAUGAGGCCGCCGCUGGAUCUCAAGGCGGUCAGCAGCAACCCGAAGCAGCAGCACGCCGGCCCCGGGCUGUCCCGCAGACUCAGAGCUGCAUACUCGAGGGCUUCCGGGUUUACCGAUCCCUGGCUAAGACGGUCUUCUUGCUGGAGAAGCAGCAGCGCCAGGACAGCAGCCCCUCUGGUCGUCGCCUGACAGAGUACGCCUCUAUGUUCGGCGGUGAGCCAGCCACCGAGCAGCGCAUAGCCGAGAUGGUCGACGACCUCAACAGCCGCGCCAUCGUCGACUUGGCCGACCUGGCGCACCUCGAGCCGCGCGUCGUGCUGCAGAGGAACGAACCACGCCACACACUCAACACCCGGCUCAUCAUGCUGGAGGCACAGCGCAAGAAUCAGCGCCUUGUGGUGUGGAAUGCGGAUCACGUCCCUGUCCAGAAGCGCGGUGCUGCUGUGGAACCGGCCCUGACACACGUGGAGAAAGCAGUUGCGAUGCGGAUCAAGGAUCACGAGUUUGGCCACACCACCGCCGACACGUGGUACUACCAUGGCGCCCGAUACAUCCUCCUUGAUACGACAGCUGCCGAUGCCGGAGCGAGCCACAACAACGAGGUGGAAGCCUGCGGCCUGCUUGAGGAUGGCCGCGAGCCAGCCGAUGACGGCCGUGGCCCCUACCGCCGGCUCAAGUACCUUCCAGCGGCCGUCAUUGUGCGGCCUAUAAGCGGCCACAUCCCCGGCACCGUGCUGCAGGGCCUUGGAGACUACGCCAGCAGGGGUGGUGCCUUCAUCCUGUCACCCCGGGCGUCUUGCAUUGCCGAGGUGGAGAUGCCUGCCGCCGGGUAUGGCACCAUCACAAAGCAGAUCCGGCGCCUGAACGUGCCGCUCGGCGACCGCCAGGCGGUCACCGAUUACUUCGUGCAAGGCCGCAGCUUCAAAGACGAGUGCUGGCUGGUGGAUCUCGCUGUCCCACCCAACAGCAUCAAGCGCGCCACCCUGUAUGUGCUGCUGACCCGCUUCAAGACGCUGGACCACGUCCGUCUGCUCCGGCCGCUCUACACUACACCGCAUGAGCGCAAGAGGAUAAUCAAGCAGUUCCUCAGCGCGACUAACCUCGAGCCGGACCUGGCCGCCAACCUGCGCCUGCUGAAGCAGGCAGCGCGCGAGAUGGAGCAGCGCUAUACAGCCGAGUUCGAGCAUGCGCGACAGCUGGAAGCGCGGUGGACCCGCCCGGUCCAGGACUAG